AUGAGGGGCACUGUGCUGUGCUCAGAUGGCCACGGGAAGGUGUGCACAAUCUUCACUGCAGAGCACACCACGCAUGGGCACAUCAAGAUGCACCAUGACUACACCAACGUGGUGGGCCUGGGGGACUCCAGCACGUGGAGGCUGCCUUAUCUCAACCGCUGUGUCUACACAUUCCUUGCUCCUUUCCUCCUCCCCAUCGCCACUCCACUGGUGGCUGUCGAGCGGCUGAGGAAGGUGGAGCUCAGGACGGCCCUGCGGACGCUGGCCCUGAUUUCCCUGGGCCUUUAUUCUCACUACUGGCUGCUCCUGAACGUGUCAGGCUUCAAGAGCCCCAGCUCGGCCCUGGGCUGCACGUUCCUCACCAGCCUGUUGGCCCACCCCUACCACCACGUCAACAUCUUCCAGCACAUUGUGCCCAUGUUCUCCCGGGACAAGCCCCGCCGGAUACACAUGAUGAGCCUGAGGGUGCUUAACCUGGCCCGGGUGCCUGUGCUGGACUGGGCGUUUGGCCACUCGAUCAUCAGCUGCCACGUGGAACAGCACCUCUUCCCCAGGCUCUCUGAUAACAUGUGCCUGAAGGUGAAGCCCGUGGUGUCCCAGUUCCUCCAUGAGAAGCAGCUACCGUACAACGAGGACUCGUACCUGGCUCGCUUCCGGCUGUUUCUCCAUUGCUAUGAGGAAUUCAUGGUGCAGGCCCCACCUAUCACUGAGCUCGUGGGGCUGCAAUGA